UCGGUCAUGGUGUCUUCCGGUGAAACCAACAUUGGAAGUAAAAAUCAUUUAUUGUUGAACCUUUGUAGUACCAAUAAGUUUAAAACCAACUGUGACAGCCACUUUACAAUUGUUUCAGUUUCAUACAACACAUGAUUGUUGAACAAGCCAGAUUUGAUGAAGUAUGGACAGUGAGUCUGCUGCGGUACCAAACCAUCAAGCAAAAUCUCCUUCCUCUCCUAAAAAAAAUCCAACCAUGAAUGGAACCUCACAAGCCCCAUCAGGCUUUCGCCAUAUUCUACCACAAAUUCCAACAAUGAAUAGGAACCCUAAAAUUGCUCAAAGUAAAGCUAGUGCUAAGAAGGAAGUAGGUAGUCCACCAGGAAAUGUUGGUGCUAAGUUGGUUGUAGAAGAUGCUAGCAAGGUUGUUACAAUGGAUGUAGAUUUAAAACAGGAACCAUCAGAAGAGAAGAUACAAGAAGAAGUGCCAAAAGAAAAUGAAGAUUCAGUAGAAAAUGAAAAGUCAAAAGAAUCUGACAAAUCUUCACCAACGAGUGCUGUAUCUACCUUAGAUCUAGAUAAAAAAUCAGAAGAAAAGUCUGAUAACAAUCAGGAACAAAAAUCACAAAAAAAGUCAAAGUCAACAUCAGAAAAAUCAGAGCCGAAGGCUUCAAAAUCUCCUGAAAAGUCUGAACAGAUGGCACAGAAAUCACCUGAAAAGAAAGGGGGAAGUUACAAAAAUAUUUUUGAUGACAAAGUUGUUGAAGGUAAAAGACAACGCAAACCUAAAGUUAUCAGUGAUGAUUUGACUGGGUCACCUAAAACAGCUGUGAAAACACCAGAAGUUAAAAUAAAAAAACGAGAAUCUUUAACGGUAGUAGAGGAGGAAAAACCAGUAGAAUGGUUAGUUGGUGAUUGUCUUUGGGGGAAAGUGGCAGGACAUCCAUGGUGGCCAUGUAUGGUAUCCUUUGAUCCACACACUGGUAUAUAUACAAAAAUGCAAGGGAAAUCGAGGAUGUAUCACAUGCAAUAUUUUGGUGAUGAAUGUGAAAGAGGAUGGGUCUAUAGCUCUUCAGUGAUGGAGUUUAAAGGGAAAAAAGAUUAUGAUGAACAUGUCAAACAAGCAUUUGAUAAUGCAAAAAAGUCUGAUCGUCCUAGACUAGAAAAAUUAUAUAAAACUUACCCUGGUAGGUUAAAAGCCUGGAAUAUAGCAAUACUGGAAGCUGAGUCAGCAUUGCCAUUGUCACGGAAUGAACGUAAACAAAAAUAUAUAUUUGACUAUGAACAACCGAAACCUGUUGAUGUAGCCCCUGUUGCUACAGAAGUGACCCCACUAAAUGGAGAUGUUGAAUCAAGUUCUGAACAAAAAAAAGCUGAUAAAAGUAAAAAGAGAACGUCAUUACCUGUUAAAGAAAAAACUAAAGAUUCUAAAGUACAAAAAAGAAAGUUAAGUUUAGAUGUAGAUUCUCCUAAUAUUCCAAAAGCAAAAAAAAUAAAAGUAUCUAAAGAGGAAACACCAGUAAAAUCAGAGACACCAAAAGUUCAACAAAUUGAAGGAUGUUUUGAAGUAUUUUGUCAGAAGAACAAAGAUACAAUGAUGGAAGAACAUCCAGGUUUUACAGAAGAAAUGCUCGCAGACUUAAUGAAACAACAAUGGUGUAUGAUGAGUCAGAAACAAAAGGCUCGAUAUAAAUCAAAGUUUGCCUCGGAUGAGCCAGGAUCCAAAAAGAAGCGUAUGAGCAAACCUACAGCAAAAAAAGUUGAGUUAGAAGAAAUGGAAGAAGAUGUACUGGAAGAGGAAGAAGUUACAAAGAAAAAGAAAUCUUCACAAAAGUUAACUGAACCAGAGGAGCAGGAAAAACCAGAGAAAGUUCCUAAAGUAAAACGCUCAAAAUCUGUGAAAGAAUCGAAGCCUGUUGUGAGUGAUCAGGUUGAGCCAAUGGAAACAGAAGAAACUGUUGUACCAAAUGAAGAAGAUCAGGAUAAUUCAAAGAGUGCUGCGCCUAAGCCUACAGGUUUAGAAAAUGAAGAACCUGAGUUUGAGAUUUUGAAAUUAGCCUCUUCUGGUCCUCAAAAAGCAGAAAAGUUAUGUCAGAUAUGUGAGAAAGAUGGAGAUUUGUUAGACUGUACUGGUCCUUGUUUGGGCACCUUCCAUGCUAAUUGUCUUGGUCUCAAAGAUACAGCAGCUGAGAACUUUAAAUGUGAUGAAUGUACAACAGGAAAUCACACUUGUUUCAAGUGUAAGAAAGCUGACACAAACACAAGGAAGUGUGGUGUUGUACAAUGUGGUAAAUUUUACCAUGAGGACUGUGUUAAAUCCCUUCAGUAUGCUAAAUGUGAGAAUAAAAACUUCACAUGUCCACUUCAUGCAUGUGAAAGUUGUUGUGCUGAACAAACCAAGAAAGACAAGUCAUCAAAAGGUGCCAGAUUAUUGCGUUGUGUAAGAUGUCCCACAGCAUACCAUGUUGGAGAAUUCUGUAUAGGAGCUGGAAGUCUUAAUUUACCUGGUUAUAACAUUGUUUGUCCUAAACAUUUUAAACCAUCGAAGUCAAAUAAGGCUGUACAUAGUCAUGUAAAUGUGUCCUGGUGUUUCUCUUGUAACAAUGGUGGAUCAUUAAUCUGCUGUGAGAGUUGUCCAGCAGCUUUCCAUGCAGACUGUGUAAAGAUUAAGUCAACAGAAGGAAGCUUUUACUGUGCUGAGUGUGCUGCUGGGAAAAGACCGUUGUAUGGGGAUAUUGUAUGGGUCAAGUUAGGAACAUACAGAUGGUGGCCAUGUCAAGUGUGUCAUCCUGCUAAUGUUCCACAUAAUAUACAGCACAAAGCUCAUGGUGUGGGAGAAUUUCCUGUACAGUUUUUUGGUUCUAAAGAUUAUUACUGGAUCCAUAAAGGAAGGUGUUUUGCAUUCCAAGAAGGUGAUAAAGCAUCAAAAGAAAACACAGCAAAUAAGCAUUUAGCUAAGAUAUUUAGCAAAGGUGUUUAUGAAGCAACAGAGGCAUUCAAAGUAUGGAAGGCAGUGAAAGCCAACAAAGAACAAGUGGAAAAAGAAAGACAAGAUCGAAAACCAGCACCAUUUAAAUAUGUAAAGACAAAUUUGCCAAUAGGCAGUGUGCAGAUCUACAAAGCAGACUUGACAGAGAUUCCAAGGUGUGAGUGUAAACCAGAACAAGAUAAUCCCUGUAGUUCUGACACAGACUGUCUCAACAGAAUGUUAAUGUAUGAAUGUCACCCGGCUGUCUGUCCAGCUGGAGAGAAAUGUCAAAAUCAGAGAUACCAGAAACGGGAAUAUCCAGAUUCAGAACCGUAUAAAGUUCCUGGGAAAGGAUGGGGACUUAAAACAAAUGUUCCUGUUAAAAAGGGACAAUUUGUUAAUGAAUAUGUUGGUGAUUUAAUUGAUGAAGAUGAGGUUAAAAAGAGAAUUAAACAAGCACAUGAUGAUAAUGUGAUGAAUUUCUACAUGUUAACAUUAGAUAAUAAAAGAAUAAUAGAUGCUGGCCCUAAAGGAAACUUGUCCCGGUUUAUGAACCAUAGUUGUCAACCUAACUGUGAGACACAGAAAUGGACUGUAAAUGGUGAUGUCCGUGUGGGUCUGUUUGCAUUGCAUGAUAUUCCAGCAGGAUCAGAGCUGACAUUUAAUUACAACUUUGAGUGUUUGGGAAAUGACAAAACAAGUUGUUCUUGUGGUGCUGCAAACUGUAGUGGAUUUCUUGGUGUUAGGCCAAAGACUGCAGCUGCAGCAGCUCAAGAGAAAAAAGCAAAAGAAGCCAAAAGUAAAGAUAAAAAGAAACGGAAAAAGAGAAAAACUGAAGUGAAGAAAACACAUGAGGAUGAAUGUUUUAGAUGUGGCGAGGGAGGCGAGUUAAUAAUGUGUGACAAAAAUGGAUGUCCAAAAUCUUAUCAUUUAACUUGUCUGAAGCUGAGCAAACCUCCACAUGGUAAAUGGGAUUGUCCGUGGCAUCAUUGUGAUGAGUGUGGUAAACCAGCCACCAAGAAGUGUGCCCUUUGUCCUGACUCAUUCUGUUCAGUACAUGAAGAAACCAAUAUCAGGGAAGUACAAGGUUUCCUUCUUUGUACUGACCAUGAAGAUUCUGAGGCAAAUGAUCUGUACAUAUCUGAUCAGGAAGAACGAGCCUCUAGCAGCACGAGAUCUUCAGUGUCAUCAGACGUGGCUUCUGAAGAUGAUAACAAACCAGUGGAGAAAAAGAAGGCAACUAAACGGGGCAGAAAGAGUAAAUCUCAGGGUACAGACGAUCCAUUGGCCGUAGCCCCAAUGUUUGACGAUAGCGAUGACGAUGGAUUCUCAGGACUUGUUAUAGACAUACCUAGUAUCCCAUAAUGCAUCUUGUUUUCUCAUGUAAAAAAACAGUUUCAUUGCAUGUAUUCAUUAUACUUGAAAUAUUCAUUAACAAAUAACAAAUUUGAGAAGAACUUGUUAACUUUGUUUUUGUAAAUAUCUUAAUAUUAUUCGUUAUAUUCAUCUUGUUACAAUAUUUGUCGUAUUCCCUUUGUUAACUUACAAGUUAACAAUAAAUUAAAAGUAUUCCGAUGAAUCAGAUAAGGACAUUAUUGUUGUUUCUCAUUCAAGAAGUUAGUCCUAGAACUGUGUUUCCUAAAUAUAAACAUAAUGUAAAUACCUUAUGUGACCUCAGACUUACUCAGCAACUUAGGAAACAGCAUAUAAUUUGUAUAUUUUGAUAAACAUCACUUUUCUUCAUAUUAUAGUGAAGUCCAAUAUUCUUGAUUAUAAUCAUUGUGUUUAAUAUGGUAGGAAUACAUUAAAAAUUUUAUAAUACCGAUGGAGCUGUUUCUACAUAGUUUUUAUCACACAUUGUCAUGCCUGUUAGUUUGGCAAGACUUUACCAUUUUCAAUUAUGUUUAUUAACAUGAUUAAUGUCAAAUAAAAAAAAAUAUAACUUUAUAUUAUAUAGAUAAAUUGAUUAAAAAGUUUUUAUUUUCAACUUUAUUGGCAUUUUUAUAUGGUUGGCAUUUUUACUCUUAUGGAUCCAUGCAUAAUUUUAGAAAGAAAGGAAAGCAUGAGCUAUAAGUGUUAUUCAGAAAUAUUUGAUGGGCGUGAUUUACUCAUCCUAUUAAUUUCUGAACAACCUUGUGUCGAUUUUUUUUUGUUAAAAAUACUUUUCAUUUAAAUAAAACAAAAUAAAUAAAGAGAAAUAUAAAUUACUAUUGAAAAUAGUGUUUCCAUUUUAACCAUUCAUUCUAUGGUAACUGAAUUUAGAAUAGAAAAAAAAUAUUAAAAUAAUGCAGAAGGGGGAUGAAAUUGUUAACAUUUUAUUGUUAUAUUUGGACACAUUAUUUAAGUGUUGUGCAAGGUUUAAACUAUUGAUAUUUAUGGUAGUGAAAAGUGGACAUUUUGUGAGAUGUUCAGGAUUAUUAUCAGGUUGGGCAUAUUUUCUGAAACUUUCUCUUUAUUUUGACUUUAUUAGCUCAUGUUAUACCCUUUUAUUAGGAGGAUCAAAAUUAUUAUGGUAAUAGGGGGAGGGGUGUAUAGAAAUCCAUCUGUCAUUGUGCCUUGUCGUCACAAAUAUUGAUGAAAACACAACAUGUGAAUAAAGGAAAAUAUCCUAGUUCUACUUGUACAAGGGGAGAUAAUCAAACUAAGUUCAAUUUACAUGUAGGUACAAGACAAUGGAAUAAUGCUAAUGUCCGUUUUUUCACAGUCUGAUAUGAAGAAAUCUAAAGGCAGAUUGUAAACUUUUUAUAUUGCAAGUACAAAUAAUAGGGACUUGGAAUUUUUAUCGUAUCAUUAUAUUUUUCUUUGAACAAAAUUUCUGGCCACUAUUGUAAUGAAAUGUGAUGUACUUGAAUGAAAGAUUGAAAGAGAAUUCCAUGCAAUCAUGUUAAACUUGAGUGCUACUCUCCAAUGUUUAUAAAAAUAAUGUGUAGAGAACAGAGCAGUUGACCGUGUAAUGUUCAAUAAUUGAAAUUAUAAGUUCCCAUUCUAAAUUCAAAUACCUUAUUAAAGUUAUUGUAUGUGAAAUAAUUCAUGAGCUAGUUAUAUAGUGUGUAAAUAGAUGAUUGUAUUUUAUUGUGUUAAUUCUCAAAUUGUUUUAUUCUAAAUUUUAUUUAACACAAAAAUGUUAGAAUUGUAUUUUAGUGUGGUGGAAUAUUUAUGACAAAAUUCUUUCAGAGGUUUUAACUUAUAUUUUAUUGUACAGUAUGGGUGUGAAAGUUGAUUUUAAUAUCUUAACAUUACUUUAGUUCUACUUUAUAAAUAUUGUAAUUAUAUUUAAAAAUACAGGUGUGGACAUGUAAAAUUGUAUAUUAAUCUUUCUGUUAUGCAAGUCAAAUUCCACAAAAACUCCUUCCAUUUAAAUUUCUUUCAGCUUUCUUAUUAAGAAAAAGAUAUAUUGAAUUAAAAUUUAGAAGCGGGAGGGCACUCUUUAGCUAAAUGUACAGUUUUAAAAUGGUUAAAAAAAAGGGAAUAGUAACUAUUAGAAUUGAAAAAAAUAUAAAAUUUGAAUUACAUGUUUGUUAUUAAAUGUAGACUAUUAUUGCACAAACUUUUAAACAAGACAAAGGUCGUACAUUGACCUAUAGCUGUUAAUUUCUGUGUCAUUUGGUCUCUUUUGGAGAGUUGUCUCAUUGGCAAUCAUACCACAUCAUCUUUUUUGUAAAUCCUCUUAUAUAGUUAUUAUUCAGUAUUUUAAUUAUAUUGGUUUGUAAUUCAGGACUUUUUCAUUUAAAAUUGAAGUGAAAGGAUAGAACAGUCUUCCAACCACUCUCCCACUACAACUGGUAAUUUUACAUACAAAUGGACAUACAACUAUAAGUGACCUUUGACCCAAGUUCAAAAAUCAAAAACAUUUUUUUUCUGCCAUCCUCCUAUUAUUUCAACGAAUCACCUCAUAUAAAGCAGUUUUACAGUAUUGUGAAUCGUGCGAAACAGGGAAGUAAAAUGUCACAUUCAAAAAGAGUAAAUUUGGUUAGUAGCUUUGAAAUUUAUUUUUCACAAGUUUGAAGUAAAUGAUCUCAUGUAUAGGUUACACAGUAAUAGAUAAUUCAUUUGAUUACAAUUGGAAAAAAGCAAUGUUUCUUUUUUAGCUCACCUGUCCUGAAGGGACAAGUGAGCUAAUGCCAUCACUUGGCGUCCGUCGUCGUCUGUCGUCGUCGUCGUCUGUCGUCGUAAACUAUUUCAAGAAUCUUCUCCUCUGAAACUACUGGUCCAAAUACUUUCAAACUUUAACUGAAUGUUCCUUAGGGUAUCUAUUUUAUAAAUUGUAUCCGAAGUUUUGAUCUAUCAACAAACAUGGUCGCCAUUGCUAAAAAUAGAACAUAGGGGUCAAAUGCAGUUUUUGGCUUAUAACUCAAAAACCAAAGCAUUUAGAGCAAAUCUGACAUGGGGUAAUAUUAUUUAUCAGGUCAAGAUCUAUCUGUCCUGAAAUUUUCAGAUGAAUCAGACAACCCGUUGUUGGGUUGCUGCCCCUGAAUUGGUAAUUUUAAGGAAAUUUUGCUGUUUUUGGUUAUUAUCUUGAAUAUUAUAAUAGAUAGAGAUAAACUGUAAACAGGAAUAAUGUUCAGCAAAGUAAGAUUUACAAAUAAGUUAACAUGAUGGAAAUGGUCAGUUGACCCCUUCAGGAUUAUUGCCCUUUAUAGUCAAUUUUUAACCAUUUUUCGUAAAUCUUAGUAAUCUUUUACAAAAAUCUUCUCCUCUGAAACUACUGGGCCAAAUACUUCCAAACUUUUACUGAAUGUUCCUUAGGGUAUCUAGUUUGUAAAUUGUAUCCGAAGUUAUGAUCUAUCAACAAACAUGGUCGCCAUUGCUAAAAAUAGAACAUAGGGGUCAAAUGCAGUUUUUGGCUUAUAACUCAAAAACCAAAGCAUUUAGAGCAAAUCUGAAGUUGGGUAAUAUUGUUCAUCAGGUCAAGAUCUAUCUGCCCUGAAAUUUUCAGAUGAAUCAGACAACCUGUUGUUGGGAUGCUGCCUCUGAAUUGAUAAUUUUAAGGAAAUUUUGCUGUUUUUGUUUAUUAUCUUGAUUAUAAUUAUAGAUAGAAAUAAACUGUAAACAGCAAUAAUGUUCAGCAAAGUAAGAUCUUCAAUUAAGUCAAUUUGACCAAAAUUGUCAAUUGACCCCUUAAGGAGUUAUUGCCCUUUAAAGACUUUUUUCAUAAUUUGUUCAUCAUGUUGACUUACUUUAAAAAAUCUUCUCCUUUGAAACUGCUGUAUCAAUUUCAGCCAAACUUAGGCUAAAUGAGUUUCAGAGUAUCUAGUAUAAAUUUUAUAUUUUAUUUCCUUGUAUGUCAAGAAACAUAGCUCCUAUGGCUAAAAUAGAACAUAGGAGAAAAUGAUUAUUUUUUUUGGCUUUUGAAGAAAAUAGGACGAUCCAAAAAACAUUUAAAUAAAUUGAAAAGAGCCAAAAUAAUCAUUGAUGAGAGAUUUAACCAAAAGAAUUAAGGUGAGCGAUUCAGGCUCUUGAGAGCCUCUUGUUUCAUGAUACUAUAAGUAAGAUUUAGACCAAUUGUAUGAUUGUGUAGGAUAACAGACUGUACUUCUAAUUUUAUUUUAUAAAUAUACCAGAGUUCAGAAGAAGAAAUAAAGAGUUUAUACUAGAUUUUGGCAGGCAAAAUUUAACAAACAAAAUGUUUUGUACAAAGUUUUUCUAAUAUAAUGGUGAAACAGGAGUACACUUACAAUAAAUUCUUAGGUAAAACGAAAUAAAUCAUUAUAUUUAUAGGUUAGCAUUGAUUUCAUCAUUAUUCUGGAGUAUAUAAUUUUUCAUGGAAUUGUUCAUACAUCAUUUGUAAAGUGUUAUUAUGUAAAUUGUGAAAUUAAAGCUUCUGGUAGAUA